AUGCAACACAAGCAGCUCACCCCAAGUAUAUCGAUUCCCAUGGCCCCAGCUCAAAAUAUCCGCUCGCUGCUGCAGCGGCCGAGGUUGGAUGUGGGAGCCCAGAGGACUGCGAAUCUAAUAUUACACACACUGAGGUCCUACCCUAAGAUGAUGCUACGCGACAACCUCCUUCCUCCCUUCAUUCAUCCUCACCUGAUUCGUCUAGAUGCUAAAGACGACGAUACGGAGCCGUUGACUAACUGCAUUAGUCUGGUGCAUAUGACCACCGGCCCGGUAAAAGGCAAUCGCAAGUUAUUCUGGAAGAACGUGCAUUGGGAAUGUGAGCGACUAUAUGCGGAGCACACGAAGCUGAACAAGUGGGAGCUACUUGCCGCGAUGCAGGCUCUAUCUAUCUAUAUCAUCAUGCGACUGGAAGAGGGCGAAACGGAGCACAACAAUGUUGAUUGGUUGUUGCUCUCGACAGUGACGGUAAUUGCCAGACAGGUCGGCAACCGCAGCUUUACCACCAACACCCAAGAAAAGGGGGGGCGCGACCAUACCAGUGUGCUGUGGGACGAUUGGCUCUUUGAGGAAUCCAGGCGAAGGCUAUGCGUGAUCUACCAGGUCGUGAGUAUGCUGGUGUACUUCGACCCAGCCGCCAUGUGCGAACAUCCCACAGAUCUCGUUCUAUCCCCUCUUCCUGCAAGAAGACAACUUUGGGAAGCGGGCGACGGGCUUGCCUGGAAGGCUGAGGUAGAAAGGGGGCCUGCGUAUAGGGAGGAGUAUGGCAUGGCGGCCAAUGGUGAGCUUGUGCGAAUCACCGAGGACGAGGUCUAUUGCCACGAAGCCGUGGCUUCACAGAGACCCACCGGUGGUAGGGAAGCUGCGACAUGGGAGGAUUGGUGUUUGGGUAUGGAUGGGCUGGGUGGGCUGGUCAUGCUUGCUGCUUCGCUGGUCGGAUAG